CCAGCGGCGACCCCGCGUGCCUCACCAUACCGUCAUGUACGGAGCUGGCAUCAGAAUAAUAUAACCUAGCGCUUCUGCAAUUUGUGUGCCAAAAAAGUGUCAAAAAACCUAAAUAGUGAAUUCAGUGCAGUAUGGAAAUAUACAUAAUUGUGGGAAUGGCUGUGUUGAUUUACACUUUUGUGACAUUGAUCUUGAAUAGUGAAUGCUGGAAUGCAGACCACCAGAAGUGUCAGUGCGAGGAGUGCAAAAGCCUGUGUCAAAGAGCGUUCACCCCUUCUAUUCUGUCUGUGUCGUCGCGUAUCGAUGUGAUCGAGCGGCCAUAAAGCGAGAGCUACCAUUCGGCUAGCUCCUGUUUUUUCUUUUCAAUUCAAAUACAUUAAAGUGCCAAAAAGUGCUCAAUAAACAAGAUUAAAAGUGAAAUAAGAAUGCGAGAGUGUGCUUAUAUUACCAUGGUAGUAUAACGGGCAUGGACCCGUUGGCGAGGCUUAUGGAAGGCGCGCCGCUGCCGGGCGUCCUGGGCGCUACUAGGGACGCACGACCGCGUGGAGCUCUGGUCCACGCCAGCUUGGCCGCCGCGCCGGCUCUCGGCGACAAGAAGGGACGCCAUUUGACGGGUACAUUCUGCCUGACCGGUGACACUAUGGAGGGCAUCAUACAGUGCCUCGUGUUUUUGAAAGCGUUUUCGUUGGUCGGCGGCGAGUUCGACAUGGAGUUGAACUUUGUGAUACAGGACGCGCAAAACAUUCAACACAUGCUCGAGCUGCUCGACCACUGUCCGCCGAGCUUACAGGCGGAGAUAUGGUCGGUGUUCAUCGCGAUCCUGCGCAAGAGUGUGCGCAACCUGCAGGCGUGCACCGACGUGGGCCUCAUACACCACGUGCUGCAGAGGUUGCCGCGCGCGGAGACCGUCGUCGCCGACCUGCUCAUAGAGAUGCUAGGCGUGCUGGCCAGCUACAGUGUCACAGUGAAGGAGCUUAAGCAAUUGUUCAACGCUAUGAAAGCAGUCAAUGGCAAAUGGCCACGCCACUCCGCCAAGCUGCUGAACGUACUCCGCCAGAUGCCGCACAGGAACGGGCCGGACGUGUUCUUCAGCUUCCCGGGCAGGAAGGGAUCGGCAAUAGUACUGCCGCCGCUCGCCCGGUGGCCCUACGAGAACGGCUUCACAUUCACCACGUGGUUCCGACUCGACCCUAUCAACUCUGUCAACAUAGAGAGGGAGAAACCCUACCUUUACUGCUUCAAGACGAGUAAAGGCGUCGGUUACACGGCUCACUUUGUAGGGAAUUGUUUAGUUUUAACGUCAAUGAAAGUCCGGGGCAAGGGUUUCCAGCAUUGUGUCAAAUACGAAUUUCAACCGAGAAGAUGGUACGCGAUAGCUGUAGUGUAUAUAUACAAUCGAUGGACCAAGAGCGAGAUCAAGUGUUUGGUCAACGGUCAGCUGGCUUCCAGUACGGAAAUGGCCUGGUUCGUCUCUACUAACGACCCCUUCGACAAAUGCUAUAUCGGCGCGACGGCGGAGUUGGAUGAGGAACGAGUGUUCUGCGGACAAAUGGCCGCCAUAUACUUGUUCGGGGAGGCGCUGACCACGCAUCAGAUCUGCGCCAUGCAUAGGCUCGGUCCUGGCUAUAAGAGUCAAUUCCGAUUCGACAAUGAAUGCAACAUCAGUUUGCCGGAGAACCAUAAAAGGGUGAGCGAGACAGCCGCUCCCAAGCUUGACAACGCUGAAAUCCCCCCCAUCCCGCCUGAUCCCGUUGAUAUUGCCAUUCCGCAAUCCCCCGAGCCCCAGUCUAUCGAUAGCGCUUCGCCGACUGAAGAUACCAGGACCGCAGUCGCGGAAGAAGCAUGCGUAGUUGUGAAGGAAGAUGCGACACCACGAGGGCGGCGAAUGGCCGACGAGGCGCGCGAAGUGGCCGCCGCGCAUGCGUCCCUGCUCGUAGAUAUUGAAGCAUGCAAGCGUGUGUUAUACGAUGGCAAACUGUCUUCAGCCAUUGUGUUCAUGUACAACCCGGUGGCGACAGAUGGACAGCUGUGCCUACAGUCGGCGCCUAAGGGGAAUGUCUCGUAUUUCGUGCACACACCCCAUGCGUUGAUGCUCCAGGAGGUGAAAGCUGUCGUAACGCAUUCCAUCCAUAGUGCGUUAAAUUCGAUCGGUGGAGUACAGGUUCUGUUCCCGCUCUUUGCACAGUUAGAUCUGCCACACGAUGCACCAGCUACUGAUCCCAAACGAGAUCCCAUGCUUUGCUCGAAACUGCUCGGCUUCGUAUGCUCCCUAGUAGAGUCGUGCAGCACAGUACAGCAACACAUGCUUCAGUGUCGUGGUUUCCUGGUAAUCUCUCACAUGCUGCAGCGGUGCAGUCGGGACCACCUCACCCCAGACACGCUAGCGUCAUUUCUGCAUCUAACGAAACAUCUCGUGACAUGCUGCUCUCCUAAUUCCGAUUUACUACUCAAACAGUCUUUCUGCCAAUCUUUCCUCACCUGGCAGCUGCUGGACCACAUACUGUUCAAUCCCGCUCUGUGGAUACACACCCCCGCGGCGGUCCAGGCGAGGCUGUACUGCUACCUGGCGACGGACUUUCUAGCCGACGCUCACAUAUACGGCAGCGUGAGGAGAGUCAGCACAGUUCUUCAGACCGUGCACACCUUGAAAUUCUACUACUGGGUCGUCAAUCCGAGGGCGAAAAGCGGAAUCACGCCCAAGGGACUCGAAGGCCCACGGCCCGCACACAAGGACAUCCUCACGAUUCGAGCGUACAUUUUGCUUUUUUUGAAGCAGCUGAUCAUGAUCGGCAACGGUGUGAAGGAAGAUGAGCUACAAUCAAUACUCAACUAUCUCACUACUAUGCAUGAGGACGAAAACCUGCACGACGUUUUACAAAUGCUAAUAUCGCUUAUGUCGGAGCAUCCCAGCUCGAUGGUGCCAGCCUUCGAUGCCAAAGGCGGUGUACGAACCAUAUUCAAGUUGCUCUCGUCGGAAAGUCAACUAAUAAGACUUCAAGCUUUGAAGCUGCUUGGAUUCUUCCUGAGCAGGAGUACACACAAACGCAAGUACGACGUGAUGUCGCCGCACAACCUGUACACGCUGCUGGCGACGCGGUUGGGCGCGAGCGGCGAGGGCCUGGCGCUGCCCGUGUACAACGCGCUGUACGAAUUGCUCACCGAGCACGUCGGCCAGCAGAUACUCUACACCAGCCACCCGGAGCCGCAGCCGCACUUCCGACUCGAGAACCCCAUGAUAUUAAAAGUGGUGGCGACACUGAUCCGCCAGUCCAAACAGACAGAGCAGCUGCUGGAGGUGAAGAAGCUGUUCCUAUCGGACAUGACGCUGCUGUGCAGCAACAACAGAGAGAACAGGCGCACCGUGCUGCAGAUGUCUGUCUGGCAGGAGUGGCUCAUAGCGAUGGCCUACAUCCACCCGAAGAGCGCGGAGGAGCAGAAGAUCUCGGACAUGGUGUACUCGCUGUUCCGGAUGCUGCUGCACCACGCCAUCAAGCACGAGUACGGCGGCUGGCGGGUCUGGGUCGACACGCUCGCCAUCGUCCACUCCAAGGUGUCGUAUGAAGAGUUCAAGCUGCAAUUCGCGCAAAUGUACGAGCACUACGAGCAGCGGCGCGCGGACAACAUCACGGACCCGGCGGAGCGGCAGCAGCGGCCCAUCUCCACCAUCUCGGGCUGGGAGCGGCCGCCGCGGCCGCGUCCGAACACGCCGCCCGUGUCGGCCGCGCCGACCGCGCCGACCGCUACGGUCGCGCCAGCUGCGCUGCACCACGCCGCGCAGACCGAGAUCGGCGGCGGCCUCUCGCUCCGGGAGGUGGAGCCGUGCGGCUGCACGAGCUCUGGUGAGACCGACGACAGCGACGGCCGGACUACACAGGUGCUCUACAGUGAAGUGUGUAAAGUGCAUAGCCCUGUUAAGCAGACUGUAAAUACCGAAGUGCCCCGAGUCGACGGUUGUGAUAGUGUUAAAUGUACGAGUAGUGAAAUCGAGCACGCGGUCGACGAGGAACCGCCCGCCACCGAGGAGAAGUUACUCAAUCCCGAUAACGAAUUAGUGCAAUCUAUUAUUAAUGAAACCAAUCUCCUAGAAAGCACCGAGUCCGGAUUCGAAACGGUAGAAAAUUCGGAGAAGACGGAGAAGCCCUUGACUCGACAAGGUAGCCUCGACUACAUCCCCGUUAGAGACGUGGGAGAUGUCGUGUUAAAAGAUGACAACACAGACAAGAGUGAAGGUAUCCCUUCGAGUUUGUCCGCUAGUGAAACCGCGAGUCCCGAGAGGGUCGCAGAAUUAAAUAUAACGACUGAAAGAGAAUCAGAAUUGUCAGAUCCGUCCGAGUUAUAUUUAACUCCGAGCGAAGCGACUAGUCCUAAGAAAACACAAGAUAAGACUGAAAAUAAUGCUCCAGAUGGAGUUGGAAGCGACGACCCGAAACACAUCGCAAUAAAUAUUGUAAAUGACGUAUUGACGAUUGCUUUAGAAACUGUAAGAUUAAAAACUGACGAUGAUACGGAUUCCGGUGCUAUCUCUGGUGGGUUACAUUCCGAAGGCAAUACUCCUAAUGGAAGAGAUGACUUUGAGCAGGAGAUAGAGGAAAUUAUUGACGAGAGAAGAACUGCCGAGUCGAUAGCAAAUGACCUUAUUAAUGACGUUAUUUCUUCGGUUCUGACGAAAUGCGAAGAGACAAAUGAAACAGUGCCCAGUACGACAGAUGAUAAUAGUCCACAAAGAGUAAUACCAUCUGAUCAUCCACAUGAAGGCAAUGUUUUACCUCUUGAUGGAGAAUUUUUAGUAAAUUCAAGACAAGACGAGUCAGAAAAGCGAGAAACUGAUAUAACUAGCAAUGUGUCUGAAGAAAAUGCAAAGAAUGAAAGCCAAAGAAUAGAAAUACCAGUAUCAGACGAGCAGAAGACUCCUGUUAUCCCUCCCAUUUCGACGAUUAGUGAGAAUAUCUCAUUAGCUAAUAAACAAGAACAAGAGAAUGAAGAAGAAAGAAAUCGUGAGAUUGAAAGAGACAAAAGACGCGUAAGUCUACCUGGUGAUAAUGAAAUGAAGCAAGAUGGCAAUAGAAAUGAUGGUGUAGCUACACAGGGUACUAACACAUCGACAUCACCAAAGAGGCCGCGAAGUGCAUCCACUAGUACGCAAGUGGACUCGAAUCAUUUUGAGACAAAACGACCAUCGACUUGCACUCGGCCUAUGUUCUCGCCGGGUCCAACGAGACCGCCAUUUCGUAUUCCUGAAUUUAGGUGGUCUUAUAUACACCAAAGAUUACUUUCUGAUGUAUUAUUCUCACUUGAAACAGAUAUACAGGUUUGGAGAAGUCAUUCGACGAAGUCAGUGAUUGACUUCGUGAACAGCAGUGAAAACGCCAUAUUCGUUGUGAACACGGUGCAUCUCAUUAGUCAACUGGCGGAUAAUUUGAUUAUCGCCUGCGGUGGACUGUUACCUCUUCUUGCGUCAGCGACUUCACCCAAUAACGAGCUAGACGUGAUCGAGCCGACCCAAGGCAUGCCGGUAGAGGUGGCGGUGACCUUCUUGCAGCGGCUCGUCAGCAUGGCGGACGUACUUAUAUUCGCGAGUGCGCUUAACUUCGCAGAGCUGGAGGCCGAGAAAAAUAUGUCCAGCGGUGGGAUACUCAGACAGUGCCUCAGGCUGGUGUGCACGUGCGCGGUGCGCAACUGCCUCGAGUGCAAGGAGCGCCAGCGCUGCGCCGCGCGCCCGCCCGCGCGCCGCGCCGCCUUGCACCACCAGAGCGUCGUGGCGAGCCUCGCGGACAGCUCGAGUCCCGUAAAGGAUCCAGAGAGGCUGCUUCAAGACAUGGAUGUAAAUAGACUGAGGGCCGUCAUAUAUAGAGACGUGGAGGAGACGAAGCAGGCGCAGUUCCUGUCGCUGGCGAUCGUGUACUUCAUCUCGGUGCUGAUGGUGUCCAAGUACCGCGACAUCCUGGAGCCGCCGCCGCACGCCGCCGCCGACUGCGGCCGCCGCCCGCACCACGCCGCCGACCACCAUGCAGCGGGCAGCCGGCCGCUGUUCCCGCAGUGGUCGCACCACGUGUACCCGCAGUUCCUGCCCGAUCACAACGGCGAAGAUGUGGAGUACGCAAUGAUAGUGGUCGACGAAAACAACUCCACUAUUAACGAUCUGGACUCGCCUUCAAUGAAGGAGUCGGAGGGAACGGAGGGUGUCGCGAAAAUUGAGACCACCACAGACGAACUGAAGCCAAAUACCGCUGCUAAGGUGGACAAGCCGCAAGCUACCCCCACCUCGGAAAAAGAGGAGCCACUGUUCAAGUCGAGCCUCCGCGUCAAAACACAAAAGCCAAAGCCUCCAACCGCAAGGUCCAAAACAUUGUCUGGGAUUACGGUGUCUGUGGUGAAUUUGAGUGUGGACUCGAUCGAGGAUGCCGGUUCUUUUCAUCUCAACUCGACAGAAACUACCAACAACGAUCCCGAAACGUCAAGCGAGAUCGCCUUAGAUGACAACAAGCAUCCGGUGAGUAACGACGAGUCGUGGACGGACGUGAAUCUGAAUGAAGACGGCGAGAGAGGCCCCGCCACCAUCACCGGCAGGACCCGGGACCACGAGGGGAACAUACAUGAAGAUAUAGACAAACAAAUACACAUGCGGAAUUCGGAGUCACACCACCACCUACAGCAGCGGCAUCAGAACAGGAACCUGCAGGCUGCUCAGAGGCACUUACAUCCGGAGGAGGCGACGGUUGGGUCUGGGCCGGCGGCGACGACUGGGCCGGGGGCGGCGGGGGCGGCGGCGGGCGAGGGCGCGUCGCGCGAGGCGUCGCUGACGCGCAAGUUGGAGACGGCGCUGGGCCCGGUGUGCCCGCUGCUGCGCGAGAUCAUGCUCGACUUCGCGCCUUUCCUGGCCAAGACGCUGGUCGGCAGCCACGGCCAGGAGCUGCUCAUGGAGGGGCUCCAAACCUUCAAAUCCAGUACUUCAGUCGUGGAACUGGUAAUGCUGCUGUGCUCCCAGGAGUGGCAGAACUCGCUACAGAAGCACGCUGGACUCGCGUUUAUAGAGCUGAUCAACGAAGGCAGACUGCUGUCUCACGCCAUGAGGGACCACAUAGUGAGGGUCGCCAACGAAGCGGAAUUCAUUCUAAAUAGAAUGAGAGCGGACGAUGUGCUUAAACACGCUGAUUUUGAGUGCGUGUGCGCGGCGCAGGGUGCGGAGCGUGCUGAAGAGGAGCGCGCGUGCGAGCGUCUGAUCGCGGCGGCGCGCCGGCGCGACGCCGCCGCCGCCGCGCGCCUGCUCGACAAGCUGCGCCACGCCGCCGCCGCGCGCCCGCACCACCCGCCCGGCGCGUGCGGCGCGCAGUUCUGGAAGCUGGACUCGUGGGAGGACGACGCGCGGCGGCGGCGCCGCUUGGUGCCAGACGCGCGCGGCUCGCGCCACGCCGCCGCCGCGCUGGCCCGCGACCCCGCGCCGCUCACGCCGCACGCGCCGCCGCCACCGCCGCAGCCGCUCGACGCCAUCCUGCAGGCGACCGAGGAGCUGCACGCGCGGCUGGGCGGCGCGGGCGGCGCUGGCGGCGCGCGCGGCGCCCAGCUGCCGACGGCGGCGCACGCCGAGCUGCUCGACGACGCGGAGCUGCUCGUCGACGACCGCGACAUCGACGCCGACCUCACCGGUCCGGUGAAUAUCAGCACGAAGGCGCGGCUGGUGGCGCCGGGGCUGGUCGCGCCGGGCACCGUCUCGCUCACCUCCACGGAACUCUAUUUCGAGGUCGACGAGGAGGACCCCGAGUACAAGAAGAUUGACCCCGAGGUACUGAAGUACUGCGAACACCUUCACGGAAAAUGGUACUUCAGCGAGAUACGCGCGAUCUUCUCGCGGCGUUACCUUCUACAGAAUGUCGCCAUAGAAAUGUUCCUGGCCAGCCGAACGUCCAUAUUCUUCGCAUUUCCGGAUCAGGCGACGGUGAAGAAGGUGAUCAAGGCCCUACCCCGAGUCGGCGUCGGCAUCAAGUAUGGCAUCCCGCAGACCAGACGCGCAUCGAUGAUGUCCCCGCGGCAACUCAUGCGCAAGUCCAACAUGACGCAGAAAUGGCAGCGUCGAGAGAUCUCCAAUUUCGAGUAUCUCAUGUUCCUCAACACCAUUGCUGGUCGGACGUACAAUGACUUGAACCAGUAUCCGGUGUUCCCGUGGGUCCUCACCAACUACGAGAGCGAAGAGCUAGAUCUCAGCCAGCCGUCCAACUACAGGGACCUCUCUAAACCCAUUGGUGCUCUGAACCCGAGCAGACGCGCUUACUUCGAGGAACGGUACAACACAUGGGAGCACGAGUCCACGCCGCCCUUCCACUACGGAACCCACUACUCGACCGCCGCGUUCGUGCUUAACUGGCUCGUCAGGAUUGAACCGAUGACGACGAUGUUCCUGGCGCUGCAGGGCGGCAAGUUCGAUCACCCCAACAGACUGUUCUCGUCCAUCGCGCUGUCCUGGAAGAACUGCCAGAGGGACACGUCUGAUGUCAAAGAGUUGAUCCCAGAACUGUUCUUCCUGCCGGAGAUGCUGGUGAACAGCUCAGGCUACCGGCUCGGUAUCCCGGAGUCGCCGUCCGGCGACGUGAUCCUGCCGCCCUGGGCAUCCUCCGCCGAGGAGUUCGUCAGGAUCAAUAGGAUGGCGCUAGAGUCAGAGUUCGUCAGUUGCCAGCUGCACCAAUGGAUCGACCUUAUAUUCGGAUAUAAACAAAGAGGACCCGAAGCCGUACGAGCCACGAACGUGUUCUACUACCUCACCUACGAGGGUGGGGUGCGGCUCGACCAGAUCACGGAGCCUGUGACGCGGGCUGCCGUCGAGGACCAGAUCCGCAGCUUCGGGCAGACGCCGGCGCAGCUGCUGAGCGAGCCGCACCCGCCGCGCGCCUCCACCAUGCACCUGGCGCCGCUCAUGUUCGCGGCGGCGCCCGACGACGUGUGCCUCCGGCUCAAGCUGCCCUCCAACGCGGCCGUCGUCCACGUCUCCGCCAACACGUACCCGCAGCUCGCCAUGCCCGCCGCUGUCACUGUGAGCGCGGCGCGUGCGUUCGCGGCGCACCGCUGGGUGGGCGGCGGCUGCGCGCACGCCGGCCACCACGCGCACCACGCGCACCCGCCGCCGCCCGCGCACCCGCUCCUCAUGGACCCCGUGUGGGCUGCGGGCGGUGCGGCGGCGCUGGCGCGGCGGCAGCUGGGCGACAACUUCUCGCAACGCGUGCGCGCGCGCUCCAAUUGCUUCGUCACCACCGUCGACUCGCGCUUCCUCAUCGCCGCCGGCUUCUGGGACAAUAGCUUCCGCGUUUUCUCUACAGAGACCGCCAAGAUAGUACAAAUAAUAUUCGGCCACUACGGCGUGGUGACGUGCGUGUCGCGCUCCGAAUGCAACAUCACCUCCGACUGCUACAUCGCAUCCGGCUCCGAGGACUGCACCGUCCUGCUCUGGCACUGGUCGGCGCGGCACGGCGGCAUCGUGGGCGAGGGCGACACGCCGGCGCCGCGCGUGUCGCUGACGGGGCACGACGCGCCGCUCGCCGCCGUGCUCGUGUCCGCCGAGCUCGGCCUCGUCAUCUCCUGCUCGCUCAAUGGGCCGGUGCUGGUGCACACGACGUUCGGCGAGCUGCUGCGCGCGCUGCCGCCGGCAGAGGGCGUGGCGGGCCCGCGGCAGCUGGCGCUAUCCCGCGAGGGCGUGGUCGUGGUGGCGUAUGCGCGCGGCCACCUCGCCGCCUUCACGCUCAACGGCCGCCGCCUGCGCCACGAGACGCACAACGACAACUUCCAGUGCCUGGCGCUGUCCCGCUGCGGCGAGUACCUGGUGUGCGGCGGCGACGCGGGCGUGGUGGAGGUGUGGCGCGCGGCGACGCUGGCGCCGCUGUACGCCUUCCCGCCCGCCGGCGCCCCAGUCACCUCGCUCGCGCUCUCGCACGACCAGAAGUUCCUGUUGGCCGGCCUCGAGAACGGCUCCCUGGUGGUGUUCCACAUAGACUUCAACCGGUGGCACCACGAAUACCAGCAGCGGUACUGAGCCACCGCACGCGCUAGUUUUAAAUAUUAACGGUCGCAUGAAUUGAUCAAAACAGAACCGGUUCACGUACAGUAAUGACCAAGUAAUGUCCCCUUUAUUAUUAUACUCCUAAAAUAAAUUUAUUUGUACCCUCUCUCGUUCUAUAAUUUGUGUUCUUUUAACCAGAGUUUAUGGUUAAAUGUCAAAGAUAACCUAAUAUAUUUUGCCACAAGUAUACUAGUUCUGAUUUGAUAUUUCUGCGACUACAACAUUCAAUUACACACUCGUUAUAGGAAAAUCUAGUGAACCAGAAUGGUGCCACCGUCGCGGUUGUUAGUAAAUUACAUUGUAUUGUAACAGUAGGUAGGUAGCACAUUGUCCAAACCAUGAGUCCUGUUUGGUUUGACCGAUGUGGUGAGCCGUACGUUAACUUUGCAUGACCAUAGCGUUGGGUGAUGGAAACACUGAUAUUGUUCUUUAAUCAAAAUAAAAGUUGCCAGUCCAUUAAUAAAAAAGAAAAUUAAGACAAAAAUACUUUUUGUAAUAUAAUUUAUUGUAUGUGAAAUAUCUAAUCAAUUAAAUUAUUCGCUGACUAUAAAUGUUAUAAAGAUGGAUGAUCUAAAAAUAAUUUUAUUAAAGGACUCUAUUAAUAGGCAUAAUGUUGUCUGCAGUGUCUGUGAAUAUUGCAACACUAAACAAUUUACAUGUUGUCUAAAUGAAACAAAAUGACAUUUAUAACCUAUUACCUUUUCCAGAGACAAAACGAUCUCAAUAAAAAUAACAUUCCAUUAAUUAAAAAAAAAAUUGACUUAUGCCAUUUUGUUCCAUGAGAUUAGAGCAGUAUUUUAUUAAUGCGUUACUUACAUUUUUAGCGGCAGUUACUUAUUAUUUUAAGUGUAAUUUUUUUUUUAAUCUAUUGACAUUCCAAUUUACGUAUUAUUAAACUCUUAGAACAUUAUAAAUGUACUUAAUAAUUAUUUUUGUUAUACAAUGUAAUAAUUUGUUCUAUGUAAGAGUGCCAUAGUGUAAGCGAUUUUAAUUCACUAUAAACGUAAAUCGGCAGCUUUAUAAUUUUUAAUCGAAAGUAUUUAUUAAUAAGAUCUCGUAAAUUGACGUCCAUUAUUGUGAUUAUCAACUAUUUAUCUGAGAUUCUAUGUACUUACCUAUUAAUAUUUGACAUACAGUGCAAUAUUUUAUUUAAUAUCCUAUUAACUUAAUAUUAUUUCUACCACCAUUAUUAACUUAAGUAAUUGCUAUAAAUUAUCUUUAUAAAUUAUAAUAUUUGAAAAUAUUGGUAAAGUUAUGUAAUAUACUUAAGUUACGGAGCUCUUUAAUGUGAAAGAUUGUCAAUGACAAUUUUUUGCUAACAACAGGAAUGGCUUCCUACUGUAUUGUGACGUCACCUCUCAAAAUGGAAGGUGAAAAAAAAAAAGAAAUUUAAUUUUUUUUAAAUAUCUCGAAUUACUUACCCCUGUAUUUUAAAUUACUUCUUUUUAUUAAAUUACUUAAACAAGCGAAUGUUAGUGCCGUUCCUAUUUUUAUUUUGCUCGCAUUGUAUGAUAUUUUCGACCAUAAAGUAUUUUGUGAAUACAUUCCGUUCUAUCUGUGGUGAUGGGUACAAGUACUUAAACUUUUAAAACUUUUAUGCAAAAUUGACAUUGUUAUUACCUUACUUAGUUUUUGAUUUUUAUUAAAUGGUUAUAUUGAAAUUA